AUGGUAACUGAUCAAAAGCAUUCAUCCGAUAGUAUAGCUAGCAAGCAGGAAGUUAUCAGAUACACGAAGAAAUUAGCCCAGUCAUUAGGACUAAAUAAGCAAAAUGCAGAAGUAUAUAAUGCACUUUCCGGUGAAAAUAGGGCACUAAAGAAACAAUUGGAAGAUUAUCAUUCUCAACAUAACACUUUAGAAAAGAGGGUAAAAAGAUUAGAGAGAGAUGUAAAGUCCUUAGAAACUGAAUUAGAAGACCUGAACGAAUGUGUAGAUAAGGGAAACUGUGCUCGACAUAAUACAAGAAAUAAUUCCUUCAAUAAUUGAUAAAAAAGGGUCGAGAGAUGUUCUGUAUAAGGGUUCCUCCUAUUUGUCUGAGUCUUCCAAAGAAUCUGAUUCGGUUAAGACAAUUGUGAUAAGAGAAAAUGAGGCGAUCCCUCAUAAGCAAUGAAGAAAGGUACGACCAAAAAAGGUUAAACAGUUGGUGGUUUAAAAUGGGCUGAGAUGAAAUCAAAAUAUAUUUAAUGCAGAAAAUUUU